CAGACAGGAGAGGACGGACAGGACGAGCAGAGCGGCUUUAAUCUCACAAAGACGGCACCGAGCUCCCAGGACUUGUUUUAACUUUUUACCGACGAUCUUUCAGCGCGAUCUUUUUAAAGAGGUUGGACUCAGGAUGCCCAACACACGCUCUCAGGGCCAAGCUCAGGCCACGCUGCCGUUCCCCCGACGCAAAUCCUGCAGAGCGUCGUCCCGCUCCAAGACGCUGCACCCCCAGAAAUCGCCAGCCUCAUCGCCAGCCAAGCCCGAUCCUCGGCCCGUCUCUCCGAUCCGGAUCAGACCGCUCAGCCCGAGACGUCGCGCCAACCCACCUGACCCUCUGUCGCCCAGGUUCCUUCCUGACAGACCCGCCCCUCUCUCCCCAAAGCAGCCGGUCGCCAUCCCGACCCCUCUGUCACCCAGACGAGCUGCAGCCCAGCCGCCACCAGCUUCCUCUCCCGGUGUCCAAGCUCGACUUCCUCUCAGCCCACGAAAGCGCACAGGCGACGACAACGGCUGCAACCUCGCGCUGCUCGGUUCACCGCCGAAGCAAAGCAAGCAGACUCUUGCUUCACCGCGAAAACUGGGCUUUGACGAGAACUCGCCGGUCCUGGCUCGCCGGCAGCUGGUCCUGACCUCGCCGCCGCCGUCUCCUGCAGCCAGAUCGUCGCCGAGGAGACAGGAAACGCCCGCCGGGAGUCCCGUCCACAAAAAUGCAGAGAAGAAGCCACCGGUCGCUCGACUGUUUGCAGAAAAGUCGAGGUUUCAGGGCGUGAAGCAGGCGCUCCACACCGCCGUCCCCGAGCGCCUCCUGUCCAGGGAGGCCGAGCGGGCGUCCAUCCGCUCCUUCCUGAGGGACAAGGUGCUGCAGCGUCUCCCCAGCAGCCUCUACAUCUCCGGAGCCCCGGGUACCGGCAAGACGGCCUGCCUCAACUGUGUGCUGCAGGACAUGAAGGCCGAGCUGUCCUCCGUGCAGACCGUGGUGGUGAACUGUAUGAGCCUACGCAGCUCCCACGCCAUCUUCCCGCUGCUGGCCGACAAGCUGAGAGCGUCCGGCGGACAGAACGGGCUGCAGCGGUUCCUGACGGCCCCGGGGCCCGCCGUGCUGGUUGUUCUGGAUGAGAUGGAUCAGCUGGACAGCAAAGCCCAGGACGUACUCUACACCAUCUUUGAGUGGCCCUACCUGCCCAAGUCUCGCCUCUGUCUCAUCGGUAUCGCCAACGCUCUGGACCUGACCGAUCGCAUCCUGCCCAGACUGCAGGCCCGCCCUCACUGCCGCCCCCAGCUGCUGCACUUCCCUCCCUACAGCCGCCAGGAGCUCACGGCCAUCGUACAGGACCGGCUCGCUCAGGCGUCGGCCGAAGGGAUCCUGGACGCCUCGGCGGUUCAGUUCUGUGCCAGGAAGGUGUCGGCUGUAUCUGGAGACGCCAGGAAAGCUCUGGACAUCUGCAGGAGAGCUGUUGAGAUCGUGGAGUCUGACGAGAGAAAGAAAACAGCUGAUCCAAACAGUGAAGCUAAAGCCUCUCGGGUCAGCCUGCCGCAGGUUGCUCGGGUUCUGUCGGAGGUGUACGGCGACCGCAUGGCGUCUCAGAGCGGCGGCUCCGACGGAGAGAGUUUCCCGCUGCAGCAGAAGCUGCUGGUCUGCUGCCUCCUGCUGCUCAUCCGCAACGGAAAGAGCAAAGAGAUCGUCCUGGGAAAGCUCCAUGAGGUGUACAGCCGACUGUGUGCCCAGAGGCAGGUGUCCGCCGUCGGUCAGGCCGAGUGUCUGUCGCUCUGCAGCCUGCUGGAGAGUCGAGGAAUCUUCUCUCUGAAGAAAGCCAAAGAGGCUCGACUCACGAAGGUGUUUCUGAAGAUCGAGGAGAAAGACGUUGAAAACGCUCUGAAGGACCGAACGCUGCUGGGCAGCAUCCUCGCUGCAGGACUGCCCUCCUGACCGCUUAUUUAUUAUUUUAAAAUGUCGGAUUUUUAAGUUCAACAAUGAUUUUUUUUUCCAGAUGUAUUUUUUAUUCUCGUUUUUGCUGGGAAGUUGUACAGUUUUUAUGAAAAUGUUUUAGGAUUUUUGUUUGUUUUUCCUCAGCUGGAUUCUGUCCAGGACCGAGUUACUGAUAAAUAUCAGUGAUUUAAUGACGGCAUUUGUUUCAGGUUCUGAAAUAAACAAAUGUGGACAUUUUAAA